GUGACAUCACAAGCGCCAUAUUGAAACACUUUUCUUUUCCCAUUUUUUUUCUUGUCUUCAGACGGCCAUCAGCGCUCUAUCUCCUGCUGAAUUCGGAAGAUUUCUAGAGAACACCUCAAACAUGGAAAUCGAUACCCUUCUGGAGGCCCUGAAAGAAUUUGAAAAGAAGGGGAAGAAGGAGGUCUCCCCUUUGUUGGAGCAGUUUCUGUGCCACGUUGCCAAAAGUGGAGAAACACUGGUCCCAUGGUCCCAGUUUAAGAGCUAUUUCAUCUUCAAACUGGAGAAAGUGAUGGAUGACUUUAGGGAUUCAGCACCAGAGCAACGGGGUCCUCCCAAUCCGAACGUGGAGUGCAUUCCCUUUGACGAGAUGAAGGCUCGAAUAAUGAAGAUUGUGGAUGGAUACACAGGAAUCCCCUUCACCAUCCAGAGGCUGUGUGAACUUCUGACUGAGCCAAAGAGGAAUUACACAGGGACGGAGAAGUUUCUACGAGGGGUUGAAAAGAAUGUGAUGGUUGUUAGCUGUGUGCAUCCUACGUCAGAGAAGAAUGGAUGCAGUGGUGUCAACAGAAUGAAUGGUGUGAUGUUGCCUGGCAAUUCGUCUGCAUUUGCAGAGAGGAAAGUCAAUGGUCCUGGGACACCGCGGCCUCUAAACAGGCAGAAAGUCCCCCUAUCCAGCUCACUAGCCACCAAUGGCCUUCCCGACAGCACAGAGAAUAAAGACCCCAACACGGCAGGUGGACACAGCAAAUCACACAGUGAAUCGUCUGUGUUGGGUCCAAGCCGAGGCUUGGCGAGGAACAAGCACGCCGUGAAAGAGGAGGACGAGGGUCUGGAGGAGGAGGAACAGCCCGAGGUGAAGAGACUGAAGUUCCUGAAAGACGGGGAGGACGGAGCAGAGGAAGACGACGAAGAAGAGGAAGACGAGGAGGAAGACGACGCGGAUGAGACGGCAGUGGUGGAGACCCUCCGGCCCACGCUGGCUGAGAGCUCGUCGGACGCCCAGCAGGCCCGUGCCCAGUCCUCGGCGUCGCCAGAGAAGCAGAGGGACGAAGAGCUGGAGGAGGAAGAGGAGGACUCGGUCCCUGCCAGCUCUGCAGCUGAUUGCCAAGACCAGGUAAUAAAGGCAAAUCCAAUGGGGCAAAGUCGCCAAACAGUAAGUGAGCUCAUAUUUUGUGAACACUUUGAUGUAUGUUAACGAAACUUGGUCACAUGACAACUGACCCCCUCCCAAGGGUACACAACACAUUUGGUGUAAUUCGGCCACUGAGGGUGCUAUAAUUUGCGAACCUGCGUUUAGGGGUUACAGUAUAUCAUGAUGACGUAGGGUUAGCAAAAAAAUUCCAAUGGCUAGUCAUACUCUUCAUACUUAUAUUGAUGAUCAUUGCAAAUUUUCCCUAACCUGACUCUUGCCAGAUGAAUUUCGUUCCGCCUAGCUCCACUCAUCCAUCUGGGACAAAUCCAUUGGAGUG